UCUCUACAAGCAGGCAACCGAAAGAAAGAAAAAAAACAAAUUACCCAUUCACAACUCACACACAUUUAAGAUUAAGCAAUAUAGUAAUUACCGUAUGAAUGAAAAGACACGAGUGUUUGAUAGCUGUUUCUUGGGUUUGCUUCUGUCUGGCUUCCAUAGCCGCGGGCCCAAACUAUGAAGGGACCCAAGGGUGUUGGUCGUAAGAGGAGAUCAUCACCCCGAGACGUCGUUUCUUGGAGCACGCUCUUCUGGUGCACCCUCUUCGUCGUCAUCAACUGCGCCCUCUUCUCCGGCUUCAGCUUCUACGCUUUCCGCUUCCUCUUCGGAAAAACGUUUCAACCAGUCCUGGUGCUAACAUGGCUAGCUCCAUCCAACAAACCCAUCUCCCCCACCACCAUUUCAGUUCGAGAAGUCGUUAUGUUUCCAGAUCAGGCGCUCGUUUUCCUACAUAAUUACCCUCGUAUCGCGCAUGUAUUUACCAAAGACGAUCUCCACUGCGUUUACUUCUCAGCCAACGACUCGUCGCGGUCCCAGCCUCGCUUCAAUCGGCCUCCCAUCAACAUAGAUGGCGGGGAUUUUCAUAAUCAGAUUGUCCGGUGCCCGCGCCCGCCACGUAGCCUCACAGUUUCGGUAGGCUUGAAACACAACCACGACGUUCCGGCGGUGCCCUCGUACAGCUGGGACUGGCUCGCCUACGACGCCCUCGUCGACCGCGACAACACCACCAUCGUGUUCGUCAAAGGUCUCAACCUUCGGCGCGAAAGAAUUUCCAACACAGCAAAAUUCGAGUGCGUCUACGGCUGGGAUUUCAGAACGACGAGGUAUCUAUUGAGAUCCGACGUCGUAUCGAUCGCCCAGGAGAUCGUACGGUGCAAAACCCCACUGAGUGUGCUGAGUUUCCCGCGUGGGCCCAACAAUACCGUGAAGGUCUCCGUCAGAGUGAAAGGCGUUGGAGCAAAGGGAAUACUAGACACCAUAGCCCGCCCCGCGAUCCGACCCGGACUAGCCAACCCGACCCAUUGGAAGGAGCACGAAAUGUGCUUGUGCUCGAUGGUGCGGAAUCAGGGUCGGUUCUUGAAGGAGUGGAUCAUGUACCACGCCCAAAUGGGGGUGCAGCGUUGGUUCCUGUACGACAACAAUAGCGACGACGACACUGAUGUCGUAAUUGAGUGGCUACGGAGAGCGAAUUACAAUGUGACGAGACACGUGUGGCCUUGGAUCAAGACCCAGGAGGCCGGGUUCGCCCAUUGCGCGUUACGGGCCCGGGAGACGUGCCAAUGGGUUGGGUUCAUAGACGUAGACGAGUUCUUCCAUUUGCCUUCGGGCCUAUUGCUGCACGAUGUGCUGCGCAAUCAGUCCAAUUAUGACUAUGUCGGCGAGAUCCGGGCCUGGUGCUACAGUUUUGGGCCUUCGGGCCUCAGACGAGUUCCUGUUCAAGGCGUCACGGUCGGGUACACGUGUCGGUUGGCCGCCCCCGAGAGGCACAAGAGUAUUGUUAGGCCUGAGGCAUUGAACUCAACAUUGAUCAAUGUGGUGCACCAUUUUCAUCUUAGGAAUGGGUACGAGCCUGUGAAUGUGGAUAGGGGAGUGUUGGUUAUAAAUCACUACAAGUACCAAGUGUGGGAGGUGUUUAAGGAGAAAUUUUAUAGGAGAGUGGCGACUUACGUGGCAGAUUGGCGGGAGGAACAAAAUGUGGGGUCCAGGGAUCGGGCCCCAGGAUUGGGGACGAGAGCGGUGGAGCCAUGGGAUUGGUCACAUAGAUUUUGUGAGGUUGGGGACACUGGGCUUAGAGAUCGGGUGCUGCAGAGUUUUGUUGAUCCGCAGAGCCGUCUAUUGCCAUGGCAAGAGGAGGAUGGUGAUCGAAUGGCGAGGCGAGAAGAAGAGACGAAACAGAGUCCAAGAGACCCAAAAGUCCGAGCGAGAGAGUCGUCGGAUCCGGUUAAAGUUGUGAGCAAUGGUACAAGCGGAGACUCUAGCAUGUUCAGCCCCAGAUUCAAAUCCGUGGCUGCCAUGGCCGGUUGGGACGAAGAGAGUCUUCUAAUCGCAAGCCUCGUGGUCGAUGAUACGCCUGAGAGACAAGUUAAAUACAAGAAGCGUUCUGAUCUGCACUUCAAGACCCCACCAACCAAUUCAUCAAGAAGAAAGCGCCGAGCUCAGAGAAGGAGCCCAAUUUCAAUGCCUGUUUCUGUUCUCAACCUUGAUGAUGACGAAGAAACUAAAAAAGAUGAGAGUGGAAAAGAGAAGGAAGAACCGCAAAUUAUUGUGAACAAAGAAAAGGAAACAAGAGAUGACAAAAUGGCUGAGAGCUCUGGUGUUUCUUGCCCACCAAGUUCAAAUCUUCCUUGCUUGGAUAAGCUUAGGGAUGAGCUUUCUUGCGCUAUCUGCUUGGAGAUUUGCUUUGAACCCAGUACUACUCCCUGUGGACACAGUUUCUGUAAGAAAUGCUUGCGGUCUGCUGCUGACAAAUGUGGGAAGAGGUGCCCUAAGUGCAGGCAGCUAAUGAGCCAUAGUAGAUCCUGCACAGUCAACACGGUUCUUUGGAACACAAUACAGCUUCUGUUUCCACAAGAAGUUGAAGCAAGGAAAGCUGCUGGAGCCUUAAAUAGUAGUGGAGAAACUGUGCGUCAAAUCCCUGAGAAGGCGUUUUAUAAUACGAGGAGUGUUCAAAGUAGAAGGGCAUCAUCAGGGGUAUCAAGCAACAGAGAAAUGACCAUGAGGAGAAGAAGGGUAAUAUUAAGCCAAGAUGAAGAGGAUGAUGAUACUGCACUAGCAAUAAGGUUAGUACAGAACACAGAAGCUGAGCAUCAAAACCCAGAACAAGGUGCUUAUAAUAAUCAUAGAAGUAUUCGGCCUUUAAUGACAUCAAGUAGUAGAAGGAUCCCAAGCCAAGAUGGGGAUGCUGCAUUAGCUCUAAGGUUACAAAGAGAGGAGUUCAUGGAGGCUUUUAGGGUCGAUCAUGGUCAAUCUGGCAGCUCUCUUUCCUUGGCUCGAGCAAACCUGAGAGCCAUGACAUCUAGAGCCACUAGCCAUCGUGCAACAACCCGACAUUUGUAGUCCAUUGUUUUUGUUUUUGUUGUUUCUUCUUUGGUUGAAAAUUGUGUUCAUUCAAUAUAUUG